AUGUCGACCGGUAAGAGGCGACCAAAUCUCAGGUUGCUCAGGUCGUCUUUGAUUCUGGACCAGGGCAACACACGCACGACUCGCCAUGGGGACUGUCUCAGACUGUGCACUUACAACGCGAGAACAGUGUCCACAGACGGUGACCUGCAUGUCCUUCUCGGAGCUGCAGAGGGUAUCAAAUUUCAGGUGAUUGCUCUGCAGGAGACCAAGUGCAGAAGCAGCGACGUACGACAGAUGAAUGACGGUACACUCGUCAUUCGUGGAGAGAAGGCUCCGUCGCGAGGUGACAGGCACAACGGGGAGAACCACGUGAACUAUGAGAUGCUGCUCAGAGGAUUACGAGCCUGUGCUGAACGUGCCACCAAGGAAUUGUUGGAAAGAAGAAACACUUUGAGACUUGAUACGAAUGCAUCCCACAUUGAGCGGAAGAGGAAAAUUCUGGAAGCAGCGCAAAGAAGAACGAGUCUACAGAAGUGCCACAGGGAUCUUCGCGAAUAUAAUAUUCCGCUAGCAUUCUUCUUGAGCGAAGACGGGACUCGCACGUCUUCUUGUCAUGAGAUGGAGAUCAUUACGGUGAGGUUCUACUCGAACCUUCUCCGUUCGUCAACUCCUUUGUCAAGCCCGAUCAUCCUCGCUGGCAGAAAGGAUUCCAGACCAGCGAAAGACCUCGCGAACCGUCCUUAUCCACUGGAAAUUGACCGAGAGGACCUUCUGACGUACCGUCCGAUAUGCUUAAUGAGCGUGUUAUACAAGGAAGAACUGAAUAGAAGAAUGAGAGCAGCAUGGGCACUAUUCGCAAUCGUCAGGGAAGCUACGGACCAACUGACGGAUCAAGAUCUUCUUGCCCAUCUGUUCGACUCGACAGUUCUUCCAGCUUUACGCAGCGGAGACGUGCCAGACACCGCUGCCACGUCUGCUGCUUACUACUGA